AGCGGUACGCACUGUAUUCUGCCAGACCUGGGCCCAGCUGCAGAUCCCUAACGACUGACUUGUACUUGGAGUUACACGUGUUUUUUACUCGAAAGCGUCUCCCUUCCAGUUGGUCCUCCUCACUGUUUUGUGGAGUGAAUCAAGCACAAGACUGUACUAAACUUGAACCUGAAUCUAAACAUGAACUGAUGCCUGAAACAACAAGCAUACCUGAACAAGAAGCCUCUGCGACUUCAAAUCUUCAGAUCCUCGGUUGUAAACAUGUCAUGGAUCAGGAUCAGGCUGGGCCCCGGCAGAUGAUCUGUCCAGUGUUGAACAGCAGUGCUGUAAAAAAGACAGACGGGCUUUUAAAGGAAUGGUUGUGGGAAACUCUGGAGACUUUGGGAACUGAGGAGCUGAAAAACUUCAAGUGGUGUCUGCAAAAUGUUACUGAGUCAAAGGAUGGCUUCAAGCCAAUCAAAAAGAGUCGACUGGAGAACGCAGACAGACUGGACACAGUGGACCUGAUGGUGCAGAUGUACGAUACAAAGACUGCAGAGGUGACGAAGAAGAUUUUAAGGAAGAUCAAAAGGAAUGAAGGACAACCCUUUCCCCAAAUUCUGCUGCAGGAUCAACCAGCUAAUGCCACAGAUGCUUUUGUUCAGUGUCAAUGCAAAAUAAAGUCCAAACUAAAGAAGAAGUUCCAGUGUGUGUUUGAGGGGAUCGCUAAAGCAGGAAACCCAACAUUUCUUAAUCAGAUCUACACAGAGCUCUACAUCACAGAACAAAAGACUACAAAGGUUAAUGAUGAACAUGAAGUCAGACAGAUUGAAACAGCAUCCCAGAAAAUGCACAGAUCAGAAACAGCAAUAAGAUUAGACGAUAUCUUCAAAGGCUCCACUGGAAGAGAUGAACCAAUCAGAACAGUGCUGACAAAGGGAGUGGCUGGCAUUGGGAAAACUGUCUUAACACAAAAAUUCACUCUGGACUGGGCUGAAGACAAAACCAACCAGAACAUUGAAUUCACAUUUCCAUUCACUUUCAAGGAGCUCAAUGUGUUGAAGGAGAAAAAGUUCAGCUUGGUAGAACUUGUGCAUCGCUUCUUUACUGAAACCAAAAAAGCAGGAAUCUGCAGCUUUGAAGACUUCCAGGUUGUGUUCAUCUUAGACGGUCUUGAUGAGUGUCGACUUUCUUUAGACUUCCACAACACUGAGAUCUUUACUGAUGUUACAGAGUCGACCUCAGUGGAUGUGCUGCUGACAAACCUCAUCAGGGGACAUCUGUUUCCCUCUGCUCGCCUCUGGAUAACCACAAGACCUGCAGCAGCCAAUCAAAUCCCUCCUGAAUGUGUUAGUAUGAUGACAGAGGUCAGAGGGUUCACUGACCAACAGAAAGAGGAGUACUUUAAGAAGAGAUUCAGAGAUAAGGAGCAGGCCAGCAGGAUCAUCUCCAACAUCAAGGCAUCACGAAGCCUCCACAUCAUGUGCCACAUCCCAGUCUUCUGCUGGAUCACUGCUACAGUUCUGGAGGAUGUGCUGAAAACCAGAGACGGAGAAGAGCUGCCCAAGACCCUGACUGAGAUGUACAUCCACUUCCUGGUGCUUCAGGCCAAAGUGAAGAAGGUCAAGUAUGAUGGAGGAGCUGAGACAGAUCCACACUGGAGUCCAGAGAGCAGGAAGAUGAUUGAGUCUCUGGGAAAACUGGCUUUUGAUCAGCUGCAGAAAGGAAACCUGAUCUUCUAUGAAUCAGACCUGACAGAGUGUGGCAUCGAUAUCAGAGCAGCCUCAGUGUACUCAGGAGUGUUCACACAGAUCUUUAAAGAGGAGAGAGGACUGUACCAGGACAAGGUGUUCUGCUUCAUCCAUCUGAGUGUUCAGGAGUUUCUGGCUGCUCUUCAUGUUCACCUGACAUUUAUCAACUUUGAAGUGAAUCUGCUGGUAGAAGAAGAAACCUUAUUUACAAACUUCUACCAAUGUGCUGUGGACGAGGCCUUACAGAGUCCAAACGGACACCUGGACUUAUUUCUCCGCUUUCUGCUGGGUCUUUCACUGGUAACCAAUCAGAUUCUACUCAGAGGCCUUGUGACUUAUUCAAAAAGUAUCUCAAAAGCCAGUAAAGAAACAGUCUGCUACAUUGAGAACAAGCUCUGUGAGAAUCUGCCUACAGAGAAAACUAUCAAUCUCUUUCAUUGUCUGAAUGAACUGAAUGAUUGUUCUCUAGUAGAGACAAUCCAUUGGAACCUGAGUUUAGGGCGUCUCUACCCAGACGAACUGUCUCCUGACGAGUGGUCAGCCGUGGUCUUCAUCUUACUGUCAUCAGAAAAGGAUCUGGAUGUUUUUGAGCUGAAGAAAUAUGUUUCAGAAAGUGCUCUUCUGAGGCUGCUACCAGUCGUCAAAGACUCCAAGAAAGCUGUACUAAGUGGCUGUAACCUUUCACAGAGAAGCUUUGAAGCUCUGUCCUCAGUUUUAAACUGUGACUCAUCUCAUCUGAGGAAGCUGGAUCUGAGUAACAACAAUGUGCAAGAUUCUGAUGUGAAGAUACUGUCUGCUGGAUUGAAGAGUUCAUACUGCAGACUGGAUUCACUCAGGCUCUGUGACUGCAAACUCUCACAGAGAAGCUGUGACGUUCUGUCCUCAGUUCUCAUCUCACAGACUUGUAGCCUGAGGGAGCUGGACCUGAACCACAAUGAUCUGCAAGAUUCGGGAGUGAAGAUGCUAUCUGCUGCACUGAAGAGGACACAGUGCAAACUGGAAAUGCUCAGGCUGUCAGGGUGUAUGAUUACAAGUGAAGGCUGUGUGUCACUGGCCUCAGCUCUGAGCUCCAACCCCUCUUAUCUGAAAGAGCUGGAUCUGAGCUACAAUCAUCCAGGAGACUCAGGAGUGAAGCUGCUGUCAGCUAGACUGAAUGAUCCACACUGGAGACUGGACACGCUCAGGUUGGAGCCUGCUGGAGUUCAGUGGUUGAGACCCGGUCUGAGGAAGUAUGCAUGUGAACUCACGCUGGACUCAAACACAGCAAACAGAAAACUCAAACUCACUGACAACAGCAGGAAGGUGGUAUAUGAGGGCUGUCAGUCAUAUCCUGACCAUCCAGAUAGGUUUGACAGGUGUCCUCAAAUGCUGUGUGGAAAUAGCCUGACAGGUCGCUGUUACUGGGAGUUUGAAUGGAAAGGAGAUGUUCAGUUAGCUGUGAGUUACAGAGGAAUCAGAAGAAGAGGAGACGGGCUUGAUUGCAGGUUUGGGGAGAAUGAUCAGUCCUGGAGUCUCUUCUGCUUUGAUAAUCGUUUCUCUGUCUGGCACAACAACAGACAUGCUCUCCUCCCUUUUUUUUCUCCCACUGUGUCCUCCUCUGUCUCUAACAGAGUAGGAGUAUUUGUGGACUGUCCUGCUGGCACUCUGUCCUUCUACAGAGUCUCCUCUGACACUCUGAUCCACCUCCACACCUUCAACACCACAUUCACUGAACCUCUUUAUCCUGGAAUAGGGUGUUUUAUUCAUUCCUCUGUGACUCUGUGCGAUCUUUAGAAGAAUCUUAUCUGGUAACAAAAUAUACAAGCUGAAAGUGUGUUGUUUACUUAGAUGAUCUUGUACAACUCUUAAAGUUGAGUAAAAUCCAGUCAAGUAAUCUGCAGGUCAAUGAUUUAAUUAACUGAAUAACCAUAAUAUUAAUAACCUUUCAUGGACUAAGGACUGCCUGACACAGUAUGUGAGACCUGGCAGUACUGUGUCUAACUUGGUGAUGCACAGUACAGGAGCUCCACAGGGAACUGUAAUACUGCUGUUCACCUUGUGCACCACAGACUUUCCAAACAACACCAGGUCACCAACAGAAAUCCUCUGAUGAUACACCUGGACAGUCUCGGUCGUUGUGUCCUUGGGCAAGACACUUCACCCGUUGCCUACUGGUGGUGGUCAGAGGG